AUGGUAUCGUCAGCCUCACUUAAGACAUUCCUACUACACUGCGGUGCCUUCAUCGGGGAACGACUCGAAACAGCUCCCUUCCAGACCUUCCUCAUCCUGGCCUCUAUCUGGAUGCUCUCUAUCCCAGCUAUGGUGUUUCUGACGACCCGCUAUUUGCCCUUGUUUAAUUCCCAAAUUGCCAAACCUCAACUGCGAUGCCGCUCGUGCGGUAGCACCGAUUUUACUAAGAUCCCUACGGGGACUCCAAUUCCAACUCCGAAUGGGAAGAAGGAUUGA